AUGUGCAGUGUUCUCCCCCCUCCGCCGAGGUACCCUACAACCGGGCAAUAUGUCGGUGUUGGUGGCCCGGGUGCUAUCCCCACGAUCGAGACCAACAACACUCUUACGACACCUAAGGGCCAUGAGUAUCGGUUUCUGGUCGGCGAGGGCACCUACGUCCUGAAAGAAGACCUGCACCUCGCGACUCCACCGCCGCACCCCUCCGAACCCCCAAUCCUAAACCCGAACCCGCUCGCGACGAAUCCCGCCCCGGCGACCGCGGGGACGAAACUCUCUCUCGUCAGUCUUGAGCCGCGACCCUCCCCGCCCUUCUUCUACCGAGGUACCUCCUCCGUUACGUUGUCCGUAGCCGGCGCGCCCUCGAGUAUCCAAGAACAUCCGAGCGAGCGGUAUUCUACCGAGGCGGGGCUGAGCAGUGAUGGUGGUCACGGUUCUCUCAGCGAUGCGCCUCCCACAACAACGACUCUCGUACCCCCGGCCCCGGCCUUCGGUGACGGCAAUGCCGCGCUAGCACCUGUCAACCCAAAGGAUGCGGGAAAGAAAAAGAAACCCAAGAAUAACAUGACUAAGAGCAAUUCCUCGUUCAUUUCUAGAGUCAUUGUCAACGAGGGCUUUGCAAAGAAGCUACAGGAUCGGCCGGCGGACGGACUUUAUUGCUUCGCAAACAUUAACCGUGCUUUCCAGUGGCUGGAUCUGUUGUCACCGUCCAAGGCCGACUACUUGACGAAGAUUCUUUUCACAAGAGCCCACUGCCUUUGCCACGAUGUCAACCCCGUGACGAAGAGCACGACACACAUUGACGUGAUUAUGGGUUUCUCUACAGGAGAGAUCAUCUGGUGGGAACCCGUCUCCCAAAGAUACACGCGCUUGAAUAAGAACGGCGUCAUCAACGGCACCCCUGUUUCUGAGAUCAGGUGGAUUCCUGGUUCCGAGAACCUAUUUCUUGCAGCCCAUAUGGACGGCUCCCUGGUGGUGUACGACAAGGAGAAAGAAGACGCUCCGUUUACACCAGAAGGAACUGCUACCGGAGGACCCAGCGGAGAGACCGAAACCAGCGGCACCGAGAAAGCCACCCGCCGAUCACGGUUCCAGAUCCAAAAGUCUGUUCACUCCAAAAAUCAGAAGGUGAACCCCGUUGCGUGCUGGAAGCUCUCGAACCAGCGCAUCAACGCAUUCGCUUUCAGCCACGACAGUCGCCACCUGGCCGUGGUUUCGGAGGAUGGGACUCUACGCAUCAUCGACUACCUCAAGGAAGAGCUGCUUGACCUCUACCAUUCCUACUACGGCGGUCUCACCUGCGUCUGCUGGUCUCCCGACGGGAAGUACGUGCUAACAGGAGGCCAAGACGAUCUCAUCUCCAUAUGGUCUGUCGUGGACUCCACCAUCGUGGCAAGGUGCCAGGGGCACCAGUCUUGGGUGACGUCCGUCGCAUUCGACCCUUGGCGAUGCGACGACAGGAACUACCGUUUCGGGAGCGUGGGAGAAGACUGUCGCUUGUGUCUGUGGGAUUUCAGUGUGGGCAUGCUUCAUCGCCCGAAGGCGGCCUCUGUCAGGCAGAGGGGUUCUGUGUCCUCCCGCUUUCCCGGGUCUCAGGCUCUUCAGCGUCUGGAGACCGCCAACACGUCAGCCAGCGGUCGUCUGAGGUCCAACUCGGCGCUGUCGACGGCCGAAAUGGAUGUGGACGAAGGCAUCGAGCAUCCGGUGGAGCCGCGGUCCCGCAUCGCCAUGCUCCCCCCUGUGAUGUCCAAGUCUAUCCAUCCCAGUCCUGCUUGUUGGCUCGAGUUUACGGAGGACUCUAUCAUGACAAGUUGUAAAUCAGGGCAUAUUCGCACGUGGAGCAGGCCAACCGAACCCGCAGUACCCACGGGCCAGACGGCGACAUAG